UGUGUUAUCUGUAAUCAGGUAAAUUAUGAAGUAUUGGAAAUGUUUCUAGAAAAGUGCAGUUAAUUGAGGAAAUCAAGUACUAAAUAUUGUGAAACGUUCGCAUUCGCAUCUCUCGUGUCCUUAUAUUCUUGAAAAUCUGAAAAUAAACUUAUUACGAAGAUGGUUCGAGCUUGGUACAUGGACGAUAGCACCGAAGAUCAAAGGUUAGAACACCAGAAAAAUCCACCGGAAUUCAUCGACUUGAAUACACUGUACGAAAUCAGCGGUGUAGAAUACUUCAAAGUUAAUGAGAAAAAUGUCGCCCAAGACGAACUGAUAAAUAAACUCAAGGCUGAAAGAGGUUACACGUACGAAGAUGAACUCGUUUGCUCCAAAGAAUGUCUUCCAAAUUACGAAGAAAAGUAUGUUCAAAUUUCGCAGCUGAAAAUAUUUUUCCAAGAGCAUUUGCAUACCGAUGAAGAAAUCAGAUUAGUGCUCGAAGGUUCAGGAUACUUUGAUGUGAGAGAUAAGAACGAUAAAUGGAUCAGAGUUGAGGUUGUUCCUGGAGAUUUGUUGAUUGUCCCUGGAGGAAUUUAUCAUCGAUUUACUUUGGACAUCAAUAAUUUUAUUAAAGCUAAGCGGUAUUUUGUUGGUGAACCAGUCUGGACUCCGUAUAAUAGACCGGCCGAAGAAAUGGAUUCUAGAAAAGUUUACUUGGAAAAACUGAACAAUAAUCGCUUUACUGUCAAAGUAUGAAUGUAGAAGAUUAUUCGUAACUAUUUAUGGGUCCAUUUAAAAUCUUGUGAUCGGAGACAUUACGUAUCAAAUUUUUUAUCAUGUUUUGAUUUUUUUUUCAUGAUUGUAAUUAAUGUUACCAAUAUCCAUUUUUAAUCGUAAUCGUUACUAUUUUGUAUUUAUAAUUUUUUUCUCAUCUUUAUACCUGGAUACUUGUAAGUAUCUGCUUUUGUAGAAUUAUUGGCGAAUGAAAUCAUCUGUACCUA